CAUCAGUGGCCUGGCUGGUUAUUUUGCAAGCGGGAGGGGCCGUGCGCGCUCCUGCCUCCGGUCUCUGUCCCCACCCCCUUCCCUGGUCCGGUUCUUUCCUUCGGAAAGAUGUCGGACACGGCCGUAGCUGACACUCGGCGUCUUAACUCGAAGCCGCAGGACCUGACCGACGCUUACGGGCCACCAAGUAACUUCCUGGAGAUCGACAUCUUUAAUCCACAGACGGUGGGCGUGGGCCGCGCGCGCUUCACCACCUAUGAGGUUCGCAUGCGGACAAACCUACCUAUUUUCAAAUUGAAGGAGUCCUGUGUACGAAGGCGCUACAGUGACUUUGAGUGGUUAAAAAAUGAGUUGGAGCGUGAUAGUAAGAUUGUCGUACCACCACUGCCUGGGAAAGCCUUGAAGCGACAGCUCCCUUUUCGAGGAGAUGAAGGGAUCUUCGAGGAGUCUUUCAUUGAAGAAAGGAGGCAGGGCCUCGAACAGUUUAUUAACAAAAUUGCUGGCCACCCACUGGCUCAGAACGAACGCUGCCUACACAUGUUCCUGCAGGAGGAGGCAAUCGACAGGAACUACGUCCCUGGGAAGGUGCGCCAGUAGGAGUGCCUCUCACCACUUGACCUCUGCGUUCCUGCUGAAAUGACAUUGGUUUUUACACUAAGCCUCUCUCUCUCUUUGAUCUGAAGUUGGCUGCCCAUCCCCCGGCCUGAUAAACUGUCUGGUAUUGUGCUCCUUGGUACCUGACUGCACCAUGGGCACUCUGCUAGGAUCCUCUUCUCUGAGGAGAGAUGGGAAACCACAGGCAGAUGCCCUUUGGGAUUGGGGUGGGUGGGUGGGAGGAUUGAACUGGAAGGCAAUUUCUUGGGCAUUUACCCAAUCUAGAAGGCUAACCUUGGUCGGUGGGUGGGUCUUGUGCUGGUGAGGCACUUGAAUACAUAAUGAUGCUGCAAGUCCAGGGAAUUUUUCUUACUCUUAGGUUUAACCAGGAAUACUGAGCAGGGAAAAGCCCUGCCUUUCCCACCUGCAUGAACUUUUUCUUCUUUGAGAAAGUGGUAGAAACCCAAAAACUCUUUGUUUUCUCUAGGCCUGCUCCCAGUUUUCUCAACAGUUUCUUUUCUUCCUUUCUCUCUCCCUUGUUGCUUUUCAUGGCAGUAAUCCUAGAAUCUAAGCAGUCUAUUGUGUGGAGCAAGGUGUGUGGGUUUUCCAGACCCAUCAUCAUGGCUGCUUCAGAGUCAGAAGAAAGCCAUAGGGCAGUAGGGGAACUCCUGUUGCCUAGACCCUCUCCUUUGUGGCACCCCAGUCUGGCUGCCCGUUCUUGCUUACAGCUGGUGAGUCAGUGUGGGUAAGCAGUUCUCCCUCCCCAAGUCCUUGCUACUUCAUGGGUUAGCUUUGCAGGUUUGGUGGCUUGAGGGGAGGGGGUAACUCACGACUGCCAGGUAACUCCCUGAAAAGUGGGAGUGGUUCAUUUUUUAGGUACCUACCAUGGUAGGGAAGGACAUCACCACUCUUCCUUCCAUUUUCCCAUUCCCCCAUCCCAUUUAGUGCUGCCACAGGGCAGAAGCACAUGAACAAACCACACAAUCUCUGACUUCUAAGCACUUUGAGCUGUUGAAUGGGGCUUAGGGGCAAGAGUUGUCGCUGCCCUCCUCGGCUGGUCACAGGGUUAUUGAACUGCCUGCACUGUUUUCCAUGGAACUCCAGCUUUCCCUCCAGAAGUUGAGCUGAGGAUAGCAGCUUGGCAUGGAUAUCUCAAAUCUUUUGAGUCUGAAGCAGCUUCUUGAGGCUGGCAAAUUUCCUGGGCAGCUGCCUGGAAGAUAGUGGUUUGUUUCGGGGGGGUCCAAGUGGUGGGAUGGGAGCAAGUUAACUCUGGUGUCAGGUCAAAAGUGGGAGCUCUUUGCCUAGACUCCCUACAUGAAAGAAUUGGCGUUCUUUUAUACAGGGCCUUUUGGGAAAGGAUUACUGAUUCUGACAAGAUCCUAAUUGGAGAUAUUAGGAUUGGAUUUUGACAUGGCUUUGGAGUCCAUCUAAAUGUUGACUUUCCCUGAGACAGAUGAGCUCUUCAGCUGUCGCGCCUGUGCCAGGGGCUGAGCAGCCCCUAGAGAGAGGCUCUGCUCCCUUCCCUAUUUCCCCAGUGUUGCUGUUGUUGCUGCCUUUUUGAUUUGUAUCCUGUUACUGACUUUUUAAAAAAUUCUUUUCAUGUGAACAAGUGCUGAGAGCCUGAGGCCUCAUUUCUGCUGUGGAUACAUUUCUGCUGUGUAUAUAUCUUGCCUCGGGGCUUUUAUUCAGCAAACUGUUCAUUCUUCUGUCAGACAAUGUCAUAUUCAAUUCUGUUCAUAUUAAACCACUGUGAAGCAAGCCUCUUUUCUUCUGCUUAUGUUAUAAAUUUACUGGUUUUUAGUGCCUAGAAUAUGAUGGGUACUGUGCAGAAAUCAUGCAAUGUGGUCAAGAGUCCUGAGGUGAUAAGUUUUGCAUUUAAAUUAAAAAAAAAAAAAAGCCAGAAACCUAGCUGCCUGUAGUCACAUUUACCUAUCUUUCUUGCAACUCAAAAUUGACUGUCACAGAGGUAAUACCUCUGCUUGCAGGAAGUAGCUGUUAGGACUCAGAACCUUUGGUUUGUGUUAGAUUUAGCAAAUUUGGUUUUAAGCUCUGUGGUUUUGUGAUAGUUUGGGCAGAAUAUAUUUAGAGGAUGUGUGUGUGCGUGCGUGCGUGCGUGCGUACAUGUGUAUACAUAUGCAUGUAUUAGUGUACUUAAAUGCAUGUGGGCAUGUGCUCAUCCUCCAACACACCCAUACACCACCUAUAAGCACUUUGUUUCAUGGGAUUUUUACCUCAGCUGAUAUUUUUUUUUUUUAUUUCAAAUAGAUUCGAUUCAGGCAGAAAGGUGAGUGUAUCCUGAUAACUUUUGAUGGGUGGAUAUUAUUAUCUGACCAAAUGUGUUCUGAAAUGGCAUCUUACACAACUGGGUUUUGGAAAAGGUUUGUCGUUUGGAAAGUCAAAGCUAGUUUUAAUCAUGUAGUUGAACAUGGGAAGGUGUAGAAAAUGAUGUGUUUAAAAAAUGAAUUAAGGCGACUUAAUGAUACAUCUAAGUAGAGGAGAGGGGCCUGAAUUGAGGAAGUUAAGAGGUUUGGUAGUUUACGAAUUAGAUAAAGAUAUCUGAGGGGAUAGGGAAAAGUAGAUGUUUUUGUGAGAUAAGAGUAAUGUUACCUGCAGAGGCAGCAGAGUUAGAGUGAAUUAAGACAUUAACUACAAAAAGCAGAUAUAAAAUAAAAUAUUAACAAAAUGUUGGACAGAUGGCAUUCUUUUAAUAAGUACUAAUUGCGGGGCCUCCCUGGUGGUGCAACAGGUCAAGACGCAACCUAUGAAGCUAUUAGCAGCCACUGCAGCAUGAGUUCGAUCCCUGGCCAGGGAGCUACCCACAUGGUGCAGCAGACCUCUCCUGGCUCACCCACUGCUCUCCUCAACAGUGUAUUUAAGUCAGGCUGCCUGUUCUGCUCCCCACUCCAUCUCUGGUGAAUCCUCUCACUGCACCCCCCCCCAAACCUCUGGCCUGUACCCCAGUUCUUAUAUGCAUAGGUGAAUAGAUCUUUAAAAAAAAAAAAAAGUACUAAUUGAUAGCCUUUUGUUUGCUCAGUGUUAUGCUAAGGCUGGGCUGGGCCAGGGGUAGGGUGGUCAUGGUACAAAUAAAAUGAUUACAUUCUCUGUCUUCACAGACUGUAUUUUAGUUUAGGAAAUGUCUGUCUAUAUAAGAUAAGAAAAUGCUAGAGACAAAAUAAGAGGUCCAGGCAAUCUAGUUAGUAAUACAGUCUUUUUUUUUUUUUUAAAUCAUGUCAGUAAAUUCCCCCUUUUUGGAAUUAACUUGGCCAUUUUAGCACAGUCACUGGGUCCAGAAAGAAUCUCAGUCCAAGCCCUCUGACCCAUCAAUACUGAGAAGAGGGCCUCCCCGGUGGUGCAGCGGUUGAGUGCUGGGUUGCGAAGCUGCCCGCAGCCUCUGCAGCACCGGUUCGAUCCUCGGCUGCUCCCCGGCCACCAGAGGAGGGUCCCACAUGGCGCGCAGACCUCUCCUGUCUCACCCGCUGCUCCCCUCAGCAGUGUAUUUCAGUCCUUCUGCCUGUUCUGCUCCCCGCUCUGACUCUGGUGAAUUCUCUCACCCUCCCGUGCUUCUGACUGUACCCAGUGCUUGUAUAAAUAAAUAAAUAAAUCUUUAAAAAAAAUACUGAGAAGAAGCAUGUUUCUAUAGGAAAUUCAAGCAUUACACAUUCAUCUACAUGUUUACUACUAAUGAAUUCCCUUUCUUCAUAGCACAGAAGCAGUUCAGCCUCACACUGGAGCCUGGGAGACAGACUAACAAAUACUUAACAUAGUAGCUAGACUCAAAAGUCCAAAUCUUCACAUUCCAAAGAUACCUUAUAAACCUUUGACCCAUUCUUUGGGAUGAGCAGUUGAGCUAGUAAAGGGUGGGAGAGGUAGACAGCAUACAGGCUACUCUGGGGUUUUUAUUUGAUGAGCUAUCCUAGGUGAAAAACUUCUAUGUUCAAGUAUAUGCUGUACUAAGUUCAGUAGAAUUACUUUCUGUUGUGGAAAUGCAGACCAGUUGCUCACUGAAAUGGAUGGUUCUUCAUAUCCUUAAGGACUGUUGAGUCACCGCUGGUCUUAGACAUAAUUGCAGUUUUAAUUUUUCCUCACUUGGCUCAUUUUAAACCCUUUUAUCUUUAUUAUUCUGAAUUUUUCCCAAGGCCCUCACAUGUCUCUAAGUCAUAGUCAAAAACUGGACACUGCUUUAAUUAUAACUUGAAGGUUAGGUGGUGUUUAGAGUCCAUUUAUACAUUGCAGUAUUCAAGUUACUUUUAAAAUAUAAACACUUUGUGACUAUUUUAGCUUGUGGUUCUUUGCCACUCCCUUCCCAACCACCCACCAUCCCUCAUUCCUCUUAUCUUUUUUUCCCUUGCUUAUACAAAAGAACAAUCAUUCUUUAUUUUCUCUAUCUGUCUUUCUAUCUUCUGUUUAUACUUUCGAGAACAGAAAACUAAUUUCUUAUGAAACAGAGAAAACGGGAUAAUUAUUAACAUUACAAAAGGAUUCUUUAAAUCAUGGCUGGCUUCCUUUAAAUAGAUGCUUCCUAUGGUGGUGUGGAAAGUAUUUGAAUGUAGAUCAUCAGUUACUUGAUAAAGAAAAACUGAAGGUAAAAGAUUAAGAGGCACUGCCAAUUGAAGGUCAACCAGAAACUGGAUAAAACCAUAGUACUUAAGUGAACAGUAAAUACAGUUAGAUUCAUAGGAAUAUUUCCUAAUAUGUCAUCAGAAUGAAGGCUUGGGAAGAUCUGAAAAUAAGAUUAGGCCUGGUGUAGAAACCUGGAUUCUGAAGUUGGCUAUCCUGUUAGAUGAGCAUAGCACCUUAAGCAAAUUGCUUCACCACUCUGAAUCCAUUUACUCUAAAAUGAGGGGAUUUGACUGAGUGAGAUCUAAGGUAUCUUGAAGCUCUAAUUUUUAUGGUUUCCCACCCUUGCCAAGGAAUUGAUUAAACCUUGAAGGUGAUGCCAGCAAAAAGAUGAAGGCACACUGUUUUCAUAUGAUAAAAUUUGCUGUAGAGCAGUAAGUUUCCUCUCCUGGAAAUGAAGACUCUUCAUUUAAUUCUGAUUAGAUUUUGCUUGCCCACGUCCUGUUGUAUCCAGUCAUGAGUACCCAAUUGAAACUCAAUGGUGAUUUGAUUUACAGUUGCCCUGGUUUUAUCCUUGGUCUUCUGGCUGAAAUUUUUUUAAUGAAAUAGUCGCUUCAUCCCUAUAUGGAAUUACUUGUAUUUAAAAUAUAUAAAUUAUACUUCGAUUAUUCUGAUUUUAAAAGUACCUAUUUUGUUAAAAUGUUUUAGUAUGGUGACAAAAUUUAAAAGAAUCUAAUGCUAACUGACAAUAUGCAAACAAAAUGUUAAUGUAUAAAAAAAUAUUUCGCUACAUCUCCCUCUCCACUUCCAUUCUCUAAGAGUAAUCUAAUUUGGUAUGUCUUCCUAGACAUUUUGCUUAUGCACAAAUAUAUGUAAAUGUAUAUUCAUUUACAUAUAUAUGUAUGAAUAGCCAUACACUUUUAUGUAGUUUUUUUUAAACAAAAUGGGAUAUUAAAUGUACUAUUUUGCAACUUAAUUUUUUCAUGUUGCAAUGUAUUGUGGACUUUGUCACAUUAGCACAUGGAAAUUUUUUAAAACAGUGGCAUACCUUCGUGUUACAGUACUAUAGCAGCUCAAUAAACAUUUCUUCAUUCAGCAGCUCUUGCUCUCUGAGUUUGACUCUGCAGAGUUGUGGUUGCAGAGGUGCAAGUCCUUCAUCUACAGAGCUGAGAUCUAUGUGUUUAAGGAACCACCAAAUGGCGAGGACCUAAUAGAACCCCACAAUAAUCCAGUCUACCCAAUGAUAGUUGGGCUCUCUGAAGUCAUCACCAAAACUUUCUAAUUACCAAAGGUACAACUUACCAUGCUAUUACAUUGAGCAACUAAUUGUGCAGCUUAAGCACUAACUAGCUGAGUGAUUUUUGGUGAACUACUUAAUUUCUCUGAGCCUCAGUUUCCAUAUAUAUAAAAUGGGCACGAUAUUGGUAUUUACAUCACAAGUUUGCUGUGAGAAUUAAAUGAGAUCAUACAGUAAAGUGCUUAGUCCAAUGGCUGGAAAAGAGAGAACUCAUGGAACAAUACCAAAAAAAAAAAAAAAGGCAUAACAUUUCAUGGUACCAUGUCAUGAUUUAAUUAUUCACUCAUCAAUGGAAGUUUGUCUCCAAUCAUUCACUAUUACAGGUAAUGCUACAUACAACCUUGCUUGUGUAUUUAUUUCUGUAGGAUGGAUUUUGAGAAAAAUUGCUGGGUCAAAGGA